UGGUUACCUACCUAAAUAAACCCCCUUACGAUCUAUGUAUGGAUGUGGUUCGAGCGGGCAGUCGUUGCCGCAUUGUGCCGGAACAACGUAACCUUCCGGAUCGCAGCCGCCUUUGCUAGGUUCGGCCCAAAGCAGAACGUUCAUCCGUUUCUUCCGUUCUGUCAUGGAUCAGGUAUGGGUGGGACUGAGGUUACGGCCCGAAAGUGAUGUACAAGUACCACCUUACCUACCUCGGUACGGAGUACUGAAGAGUGCUCGAUGGACCAUAUCAAUAUCCCAAGCAUGUCCCCACCAACCGGGAGAUGCGUUUAAAACAGUACUGGAGGACUUGAUAAUGCCCACCAACCCGGUUCCCAAUCCUAUAGGCACAGAGCAUUCAGAAGCGUUUCUUGCUCAUUGCAGUCACCCAAUAUGAUGCUCCCAGCAGUAUUGACGAUCCUGUUGGGCGCUUCGGCCGCCAGCGCCGCCCUGACAUACAAAGGGGUGGACUGGUCCUCGGUGAUGGUGGAAGAACGUGCGGGUGUCUCGUACAAGAACGCGAACGGCAAUGCGCAGCCACUGGAAAAGAUCCUGAGCGCGAACGGCGUCAACACCGUCCGGCAACGGGUAUGGGUUAACCCCCGGGACGGCAACUACAACCUCGACUAUAACAUCGCGUUGGCGAAGAGAGCAAAGGCGGCCGGACUGGGGGUGUACGUCGACUUCCAUUACAGCGACACUUGGGCUGAUCCGGCCCAUCAAACCAUCCCGUCAGGAUGGCCAACUGACAUCGAUAACCUCUCCUGGAAGCUGUACAACUACACGUUGGAUGCGGCAAACCGAUUCCAAGAUGCAGGCAUACAACCAACCAUCAUGUCCAUUGGAAACGAGAUCAGGGUCGGGUUGCUGUGGCCCACUGGCAAAACCGAGAACUGGGGCAAUAUUGCGCGAUUGCUGCACUCGGCUGCGUGGGGCAUCAAAGACUCCAGGCUCAACCCCAAGCCGAAGAUCAUGAUUCAUCUCGAUAAUGGAUGGGACUGGGGAACCCAGAACUGGUGGUACAGCAACGUCUUGAAGCAGGGUACUCUCGCAUCCUCGGAUUUCGACAUGAUGGGUGUCUCAUUCUACCCCUUCUAUUCGGCGUCGGCCACUCUGAGCGCGCUCAAGACGAGUCUCAGCAACAUGGCCAACACCUGGGGCAAAGAAAUCGCCGUCGUCGAGACCAACUGGCCGACAUCGUGUCCCAACCCACGGUACAGCUUCCCCUCGGACGUCAAGAGUAUUCCCUUCUCAGCGGCGGGUCAAACGACCUUCAUCACCAACGUGGCCAAUGUUGUGUCGUCGGUGAGCCGCGGAGCAGGGCUGUUUUACUGGGAACCUGCUUGGAUUCACAAUGCGGGCUUGGGUUCUAGCUGUGCCGACAACACCAUGUUCUCGCAGUCUGGGCAGGCACUGUCAAGCUUAUCCGUUUUCCAGCGGAUCUAGGGCCUGGCAGAGUUCGGUGGGCUUGUGAACAUUAGCUGGAAAGAGAAGGCGGAAGUAGGAACAGGAGAAGUAGAGGAUGGUAGAGAGUGAAGUAGCUCAAAUGAGAUAUCGUGAUAUUUCAGUUGACUGCCCCACUAUUGUGGCAUACACGUACAACAUUCCAGGUUGUGCGCAUCGACCAUCCAAAGCUCCGAAGCUGAAUGUCGUGUUCAUGAUGAAUCUGAGAUUUGGGGCUCUGCUUUCCAUGAGCA